CAAGAUGACGGCAACUAUCGAGUUUCAUUUCUCAGAAGUGAGCUCGUAGCCUGAGUCCUGCAAGUCCUCAAUUUGGGUCCGGCCUCCCUUAAAAAAGGGAACAGCCAUUAUGGGGCCCCCACCACUGCCCAAAGAUCGAAGGCCACUGCGUCUUCGAUCUCCACCAUUAUGUACGCGGCCUCACUCGUACAUUUUGUUCUCUCUGUGGCUCCGAAAAUCGACAAUGUCGAUAUAGCCAUACAUGAUACAAUCUAUCAUUCUGGCAUUUUCUUUUUUCGAAGUCUGGAGGAAGUCGAACAGCAGGCCAUCAUAGACUUCUAUGAUGGCCAUGCUCGAGACGACCGGGGAGAAGGGGAUGGGAGGAUUAGCAGCAUGUGGCAGGAUUUGUGGAGGUGGAGGAGGUCGCAGCAGAGGAGGGGGGAGUGAUGGUGGGCUGGGGGAUGAAAUAUGUAUUAAUAUAAC